AUGCCGCAGUUCGGUGCCACUUUCGUGCCCAGCGGAUACGAUGACUAUUACAUGCCCGAGGUGGUCGCACCGUCUCCUCAAAGGGUAAUGCCCGAGGUGCCUCAGAACAUGCAGCAGGGCCUCCAGCGGAUGGAAACAGAGGCACGUCACAUCGAUCCCGGACAAUUUGCCACGACUUCCCCAACCUCGAGCCAAUUUUCGGGCCACCGCGCCCGAGAGCCCUCCCUGUCCACCGUCCUGACCAACAACACCUACACCUCGGCCGGCGAGCAGCACCACUUCUCGCAGGACUCGUCCGACUUCAAGCCCUUCAAGGACAACAACACCACCUACUCAGACAUGCCUGCCGACGAGGGCCCCUCCUUCUCUCCGUUCCCCAAGGUCAAGGGCGAGAACAUACCGCCGAGCGACGAAGCCAAGGAGGGGAUCCUCUACAACGCUCGCGAGCAUGUCCUGCACUCAAACAAUGUCGCCAUGCAGCUGUCUUGGGCGCGAGACGCCCUCGCCUGGGUGGAGACGGCCCAAGAAACGCACGAGCGGGAGAACAAGGGACAGCAGAACGCCCGGCCGCAGACGCCAAAGGUCGAGCACGAGCUGCGCACCGACGCAUUGAGCAUCGUCAGCUACCUCGCCUCCCAGGACCACCCGGAAGCCCUCUUCAUGCGGUCUAAGUGGCUGGAGUUUGGCAAGUUCGGACAUCGGACGGACAAGAAGGAGGCGUAUCUCGGGUACAAGAGAGCCGCGGAGCAGGGCUGGGGACGCGCCGAGUACCGGAUCGGCAUGCUCUACGAGAACUCAAACGACAUGGACAAGGCGAUCAAGCACUACCAGCAAGGUCUGGCGAUGAAGGAUUCCGCUGCCUCGUAUCGGCUCGGUAUGAUGAGCCUGCUAGGCCAGCACGGAUACCGAAAGGACUUCCAGCGGGGCUUGGAGCUUAUCGAGGCCGCCGCCGACACGGCCGACGACGACGCGCCCCAAGGUGCCUACGUCUACGGUAUGCUGAUCGCUCGGGAUCUGCCAGACAUCAUGAUCCCCGAAGGCAUGCUGCAAGCAAACCUCGCCGUCGCGAGGCAAUACAUCGAGAAGGCGGCGUAUCUGGGAUUCUCAAAGGCACAGCUGAAGAUGGGCCAAGCCUAUGAGCUCUGCCAGCUGGGUUGCGAUUUCAACCCGGCCUGCUCCCUGCACUACUACGGCUUGGCCGCGCGCCAGGGACAGCCAGAGGCCGCCCUCGGCGUCAGCCGGUGGUUCCUCUUCGGCUACGAGGGCGUCUUUGCCAAGAACGAGCAGCUGGCGUACAAGUACGCGGAGGAGGCUGCGGAGCACAACCUGGCCACCGGCCACUUCGCCAUGGGCUAUUACCACGAGAUCGGCAUCCACGUGCAGAAAGAUCUUCGGGAGGCGAGGCGGUGGUACGAGAAGGCUGCCGAGGCCGGCAACAAGGACGCCAUCCAGAGGCUGGAGUCGCUGAACGAGUCCAAGACGCUGUCCAAGGCGGACCACGAGACGACGGCCCUGACGCGCAUCAAGUCGCAGCACGGCUCGCAGCGGGGCAAGAGGCCGGAGCGGUUCAGGGCGAAGGACCCCAGCCUCCCGACCCUCACGGAGUCGGGCCCCAACACCCCCGUGGAGGGCACCAGCCCGGGCCUGUCCAAGGGCCCCAGCCCGCGGGUCUCGCCCGGCCCGUCCCCGAGGCACGGACCGACCCCCGUCGGCGACAACGUCGUCGACUUCCCGGACCCGGCCAAGGCGAUGAGCGACAGCCGCGCCCGCACCCCGGCCUUCACCAUCAACCUGGACCAGAGCCACCCGAGCCUCGCCAUGCGGCCCAAGUCGGCGGCGCCGUACCCCGAGGACGACAGGCCCCCGCCGGCGGCGAACAGCUACAUGCGGCCCAAGUCGACGGUGCCGUACCCGGACGACGACGUGCUCGGCCGGCAGCCGCAGCUGUCGCCGCACUUCAACCCCCAGAUCCGGCCGAGCGCCGGCCCGCAGGCCGACCGCCCCAUCAGCGCCUUUGGCAUCAGGCCGCUGAGCUCGGGCGGCCCCGGCGGCGGCGGCGGCGGCCUGACGUCCUCCCAGUCCGCGGGCAACCUCCAGCCGAUCCCGCCCGCCGGCAUGAACCCGCAGCGUGGUAGGCACAUGUCGGCGGGCUGGGAGCCGCAGCUCCCCGCCGGUGGCGGCCCCGGCGGCGGUGGUGGCUACCGGCAGCCGAGCCCCGGCCGCCCCGCGAGCGAGUACGCGGCCCCCCCGCAGCAGCAGCAGCAGCCGUACGACCACCAGCAGCAGCAGGUGCCGCUGCGCAAGCCCCUCGGCCCCAACGCCGGCAACGCCCCCGUCGCGGACCCCACGCGCAACAAGCUCACCAAGAACCAGCCCAACCUGGGCAAGCCGCAGCCCCAGUUCCCCCCCGCGGGAGGAGCAGGAGGAGGAUACGGUGGCGGUCCCCAGCCACAGCCCGCCCAGCCGGGCCGCGACUACGGCCCCAGGACGUCCUCGGUCCCGCGCCCGGCUGCCGCCGACAACAGCUACGACCGGUACGGCGGCCUGCCCUCGCAGCAGAGCAUCCGGCCCGUCAGCGGCAUGGCGGCGCACAGGCCGGACCGCGUCGACUCGCUGCCUGCGCAGAUCCCCGGCGGCGGGCAGGCGGCGGCGCGGCCUGUCGGCGGGCGGGCUUCGCACCUCGACACGUCGCCGGGUCGGGCGAGCGCGCCGCCUUCCGGCGGUGGUGGUGGGCGGCCGGCUAUGGCGAGUCCGCCUCCUGCUAGUACGAUGCAGGGCGGUGGGAAGGCUGGGAAGGCUGGCAAGCAGCAGCAGCAGCAGCAGCAGCAGGCUGGCGGUCAGGGCCCGGCUACGUUUGAGGAGAUGGGGAUCCCGCAGGGCAAGGGUGAUGAUGACUGCGACCUGGAUGAUGAUGAUGAUGAUGGCGGUUUUGAGAGAGCCGGCUGGGGCAGGGCAGAACAGGGUCUUGACGAUUCGCUCGUCUACAUACAGUGA